CAGAGAUUGACGCAGCACAUUCACGUUUGCUGUUAUCGUUAGUUCUGAGAGCAUGUUUAGCCAAAUUUCCCUGCUCGAUGAAAUGUGCAUGGGCAAGUUCACUGUGGAGCAUCUCACUACUUUACAAACUGUGACGAAGGCUUUACGAGACGAACAGUUCAGAUUCAACGUUGAGAGGGGAGUCCUGGAGCGCCUCUUUGCAGUGCUUGUAAGGCUCUAUGAUGAGUUUCGAGGUUUGGACGAAGGACGGUCUGUGUCGUUGCGUCUUCAGCUUACAGCCGAGUGUUUCCGCGCUCACCGAAAUGCCUGCGUGCAGUGUUCUCACAACCAGUGCCUUCUAAGGGAUCAAGGUUGUAUUCAAGUAUCAUUAGGAAUUUUGGGAACGCUUCUUAAGAUAACGACAGGAGACCCUGAUAACCUUUUUGACGCAAUACGAUGUGGGAUUCAGUUUCUCGGUAACAUUGCUGUUGGGAACCACCUCUGCAAAGCUGAUAUUUGGGGCCAUGCUUUUCCACACAUGUUUUUGGAUCUCUUGGAGCUGUGUGAUGAGAAGGCUACAGCGUAUGCGUGCAUGGUACUGCACACCUGUCUGGAUGAAGACAAGACGGAGCAGCUGUGGACAGAGCCUCAGCACCUGAAGGUGGCGCUGAAGAUCAUGGAACUUUGCAGGACUGAACCUGACAUCGACUGGCCAUUCUUGAUUGCCACACAACACUUCUUCAGAUCAUCUGAGCUCACGAAGAGGAUAUAUGCAGAGAUGAAUGACCAAGAAAGGCUAACGUUACUGGAGCUGAUUUUAGCCCAGCUUGGAGAAGGUAAAGAGGAGGACUGUCUGAUUCCUCCAAGGACUGCCCAGAUCCUGGCGUCCUACUUCCAGAACAGCUGCAAGUCAGUUCUCUCUCUCAGCUCUGCCUCCUCAGCUAAUGACCAGGCCCUGGCAGUGGUCAGAUUGCUGGAUAUUCUCUGUGAGAUGACCUCUAAGACGAACUUUAGGACCCUGCAAGAUCACCCAGACCUUCUCCAAUCCACAGUUGAGCUCUUAAAGGAAGUACAUUUGCUCGGGAAAGCCAGUAAGAAUGUGUUCAGUGCAGCCCAGGACUUCUCCCUCACAGAGCCAGGGGGCGCUGCCUCUCACCCUGCAGUCAGCUUCAAAGCACACCUCAUUCGGCUGAUCGGGAAUCUGUGCCAUGGCCAUAUGGCCAAUAAGGACCAGAUCCGAGAGCUGGAUGGAAUAGCCCUCAUCCUGGACUGCUGCAGCAUCGACAGCAACAAUCCAUUCAUAAGCCAAUGGGCUGUCUUCGCUAUCCGGAACAUUCUAGAACAUAACCUGGAGAACCAGAAGCUGGUGCAGGGCCUGAAGAGGCAGGGGGUGGCUGAUGACUCCAUGCUCAGGGAGAUGGGUUUCCGUGUGGAGCAGAGGGACGGCAGCCUGCUCCUCAGACCUCUUAAAAAGGAAGAAUGGCAUGGAGACAACUAGGAAUGUAGGUCUACCCCAUUGUCCCAUCCAUCGAACUCCUCCUGCACUCUAAAUUUUGCUCUGGAGAUGGCUUAAGACAUCCAAUAGGUCUGUUGGCCGACAGAAAGAACAGGGGGCAUUUUAAUAUCCAGUCCUUACUGAGAACCUGGAUGUGUGUGGAGGAAGGGUAGGUCCCUUGUUUUGUGUUGUCAGCACAAGGGGAACGCAAAAGGGCUUUUCUUCAGGGACCCAUGCUGAAGUCUGAGAUGCCUUUAGUGGUCUUUGAUUCUAGCUCCCACUCAAUAGGAUUCAAAUCCUCUGAAACAAGGAGACCCAUGUCUUCCUGGCUUUUCAGCCGCAAAAAAGACUCUAGUGACCAGUGGGGAAUAGAGGUUAAUCCCUAAUCCAGUGAGUUUUAUGGAGACCUGGGGCCUCCCAAUCCAUUAACACAACGGUUGAUUCUCAAUACUCGUGGGACUUGGUCCCCCCACCCUUUUUUGGCUUUGGUUUGUUCUUCAGGAACAUUGCGUUUAUUUACAGGGCUACCCAAUCCUACUGCCAUUCUCUUCUUAACAGCUUGAUGAAUACUUGCGUAUCUGGCCAAGUGAAAGCCUGCAAGCUAAGCGGUGCUGCUUGCUCUCCGACUGCGUUGCAUUCAUUUCCAAUUUAAACUACAGCACACUGAACCUCUCGCUAGGUGGGAGGACAUGAGCCACCCCAUCCUCUCCAUGUGUCUGUCUGCUGACCCUUUCACCUGCAGGUCAGAUCUGGCCCUGGUGCAUCACACUAAGGUCAUUCAGAACAGCAAUAUUAGCAUGCAGGUUGGCAUCUCAUCCCCUUGUCCCACCCCGUCCCGGUUGGAAUGAGCCGAGUUGUCCUGACACCUCUAUAAUUCCCAGGCCGCCGAGGCCUCUCCUCACACCGCACCACCCUGUUUUCUCUGCCUCAUAUUUUUUAAGGGCAGAAUGUUUUGUGAAACAAUUGUGGUUGACUUCCCCCCCCCCCC